UAUUUAAUAUAUGAAUAUGUGAAUUUUUAAAAUAGCACCAAAAAGUUGUAUUUUAAUUUUACGAAUGACGACUGCAAAUCAACAAAUUCUUUAAAGUCGAAUCGAUAAAGAAAUUAGAAUGGAAAACGAAGGCAAAGAUUGUCCUGUAGAGACUAUUGAAUCAUUAACUAAAGAGGCAGAGGCUUUAAAAAAGAGAUUAGAAGAUGAGAGACAAAAGUUGAAUGAUGUUACAUUGGCUACCGUAGCUGACCGAUUAGACAUAAUAAAUUAUAUGAAUAUAAAACCCAGACGGACACUAAAGGGUCAUCAGGCUAAAGUGUUAUGUUCAGAUUGGUCUCCAGAUAAGAGACAUAUUGUUUCUUCUUCUCAGGAUGGUAAAAUGAUAAUUUGGGAUGCUUUCACAACUAACAAGGAACAUGCCGUUACGAUGCCAACCACUUGGGUCAUGGCUUGUGCUUAUGCACCUUCAGGGAAUUUGGUUGCUUGCGGGGGCCUCGAUAACAAAGUGACUGUUUAUCCUUUAAGUCUGGAUGAAGAUGUAUCCCUUAAGAAGAAAACUGUUGGAACUCAUACAAGCUAUAUGAGUUGCUGUAUUUUUCCAAAUUCGGAUCAGCAGAUCUUAACAGGAAGUGGUGACUCUACUUGUGCAUUAUGGGAUGUAGAGUCUGGUCAGUUGCUACAAAAUUUCCAUGGUCAUUCCUCAGAUGUUAUGUCUAUAGAUUUAGCACCCUCAGAGACUGGUAAUACCUUCGUUUCAGGUAGUUGCGAUAAGAUGGUACUUAUUUGGGAUAUGAGGUCAGGACAGUGUGUACAAUCCUUUGAAGGACAUGAAUCUGAUGUGAACAGUGUAAAAUUUCAUCCUAGUGGUGAUGCCGUCGCAACUGGAAGUGAUGAUGCCACUUGUCGAUUAUUUGAUCUAAGAGCUGAUAAAGAAGUGGCAAUAUACAGCAAAGAAAGUAUUAUAUUUGGUGUUAAUUCAGUCGAUUUUUCUGUAUCAGGGCGGUUAUUGUUUGCCGGAUAUAAUGAUUAUACCGUUAAUGUUUGGGAUACUCUAAAGUGUGUUAGAGUAUGCCUCCUUUAUGGACAUGAAAAUAGGGUGUCUUGCUUACAAGUUUCACCUGAUGGCACGGCUCUCUCUACAGGCUCUUGGGACUAUACAUUACGAGUAUGGGCCUAGAAUAACACAAAUCAAAGUAUAUAUCAGAUUUUCUAAUUAGAUGCAAUAUUAUUCUUCAAAGGACCUAUUUUGUUGUGAAUACUCUGUGUAAAUUGUUAUUCCAAUCUACUUGCUGAUUGUUGUAUUCACAGGAUCUUGAUAUCUAUCAAAUUAAUUUUCUUAAAUUACAAUUGGAUCCUUUGGUGUAUUAUUAGAAACAAAAUGUAUUGCACAAAAAGGAAAAUACUAUUCUUCUAUUAAUAUGCUAACCACUGUAGAUGAUUAAAAAAUAUAUGUAUAUACAGUUCAACUUAUUUUAUCUGGUCGAUAAAGAUCGGGCACUAUUGGCAAAUUGUAGGUAAUUUCAUUAUCGAAAAAAAAAAAUUAUGUAAAUAAUUUGUUUUAAUGCAUGCAUAUCAAGGGAUUCACUCAUUCUUGCUUUCUCUCUCAAUUGUACUUUAAUUCCUACCAUGCAACCCUCUUCUUUUUAUGUACACUCUCAUUUUUGCACAUCUCAGGGGCCAGAUGAAAUGGGUUGAACUGUAGUGUUGUAAAAUGCUCGAAAAUUUUUAUCAAGCACAAACGAGAAUAAAUAGGUAUAAACACGAAGAACGUGCAGAUUUAUGUUCUAUAUCAGGGGUCAGCAAGUAAUUUUAGGUGGAGUCCGGAUACUUUUGAAAUUUUUUAACGAGGUCCAGAAAAAAAUUCAUA